CAGACUCGCUUCUGCUGCAGAUUAUGAUGUGGCUGCCGCCUCGUGACCGGUUGGGCGGGGCCAGGGUAGCAGGGCUCUGAUGUGUGCAUUUGGACUACAACUCCCAGCAUUCUCCAUCAGGGGAGGGUGCAGCCAACAGGAAUGAGGUCUCUCCUGCAGGAGAAAGAUGAGCCCAAAUAUUGUGAUGUAUCCCACUAUGAGAAGAGAAACCCCUUCUGGCUUUUGUUCUGCCUUUUAGGGAAUGGCGGUGUCCCUAGCUUGCUCCUCAGCUACCACUGUGGAGUGCCAGAGAUUGCGAACGGAUCUGUCUUUCUUCUCAAUUGUACAUUGGAGUGCACCAGGAUGGGGAAGACUGCCAUACAUACACAUACGCACACACACCCUAGUGUAGCAUUGUGCCACAUAUCUCAUGAUCUCCCUGACAGGAUGCCUCCCUGUCUAGCAGAGUUUGAUUCAUCCUCCCCACUGCAGGGCCCUUCUUCAUGCCCCCUUUUUCAGAAGGGGAGUGCAUGCUGAAGAUGGCUUCUCUAUACAGGGUCUGUAGACGCUGGCACCGCUUGGUCCGGGACAAAUUGCUGUGGAGACACCUGGACCUGACUUCUUACAAGAUAUCCUCCAAGGUCCUCUGGCACCUGCUGCGGAACCAUCUCCGUGGCAACCUCCAGACACUGAAGGCGCGGGGAUCCCUCCACUCCGUCCGGAAGCAAGAAGCCUUUACCCCGGCACUAAUGCAGGCCCUAGGAAAGCAGUGCCCCAGCCUUCACCACUUAUGCCUGACCGAGGUGGACCUCCGCACGCUCUCCUACAGCUGUCUCCCCUCCUCUCUCACGGCCCUGGAACUGAGCUGCUGUGAGAUCCCUUCCUUGUGGUUCCAAUUGCCUGAAGCUUCUCAAGACCGCCAGGCCUUCCCAAGGCUCCAACGCCUCAUUGUCCGGAACGUCCCUGCCUUCUCUAACCAGCACUUGAUCAAUAUCUCGAUCCAGGGCACUCUCAAGACGCUUGCCUUGUCCAAGACUUACCGGGUCACAGACGCAGGGAUCCAGACAGCAGCGCCACACCUGGGAGACCUCGAGCGCCUUGCCCUGUGCCAGUCUGGCAUUGGUGAUUCAGCCGCACACUUCAUCGGGCGCCACAUGAAGCGCCUGCGCCAUUUAGACCUCGGGGGCAGCCCUUCUCUGACGGACGUAGGCCUUCCUAGCUUAAGCAGCUUGCCCGUCUUGGAAGAGCUUUGCCUGGAAUCCUGCAGCGGGCUUUCCGCAGAAGCCAUCAUGGGCGUUUGCCGGGCGCUGAACCGGCUAAAGCGUCUUGACUUAAGCGGGAUGAAUUUUGAAGAAGGGACUAUCCACGUUAUCCAGGCAGCAUUGCGGAACUGUGUCGUGCAAACACGGUCUCCAGCACAGAUCCCAGGGUGAAAUCUUAGCCACAAACACGUUCAGCAUUAGUGAGUACGUUACGGAAGGGGUCAAAAGAUAGCAGUGUAGGGAUGCAUCUACUCAGCAGCUUCCUGCCCUUUCGUUGUAGCACUUCUGUACUAAACUGGAAAUGCUGAAGCAGGGCAAAGCAUGGAACAUCAAAAGCAGAUCCUUUCAUCCUUCGGAGGCUUAUAAUUUGAUUACUGUCUGAUUUAUCCUGGAGGGUGAUGAGGAACCAGUGUUGUGGGGAGGGGAGUCUGGCCUCCAGGUGUUGUUAGACUGCAGCUCCCAUGAUCCUUCACCUUAGCUAAGGCCUACUAGGAGUUGCAGUCCAACCACAUAUGGGGGGCAACAGGUUCUCCAGCUCUGCAGUAACAAACACUUGUGGUUUAUAGGCACUAGAUGUACAUUGGACGCAUGUCCAUGCCCGUUCAAAACCAGCAUGCAAACCCAAGUCUGGAGACCCAAGUUGGUUGUGCAAAGUACCCCUAUUCCACUGUCGCCCGUCCAGUCCUCCAAUUACUGUUAUGAACAACUUAGUAAAAAGUGUGGUCUUUUUUUAAUAGGCAAGAUAAAGUGGCCGUUGUUUGUACAUCGAGAGCCUUAUCAGUAGCAGAUCCCUGUACUUCAAGACCAUGCACUGCAUUCUUUUUAAACACCAGCCUCUCCAUCUGAUGUGUCAGGUCUUAAAGCUAGCACAGGUAGGCUUUUACCUUUAAUGAAUUACCUGGAACCUGUGUUUCAGUCUUCCCCCAACCUGGUGCCCUCUAGAUGCAUUGGACUACCAGUCCCAUCAUUCCUACCUAGUAUGGCUGUUGACCAUGCUGACUGGGAGGUUUUGUAGUCCAACACAUCUAAAAGUUGGGGAACCCAUUGUAGUCUAAGAUUAUUUUUCCUUGUAAAGAUUUAAUGUGAUGGUUUGAUUUAUUUUUGGAUAGUAGAUAAUGCAAUGACUGUACCUGGAUAAUAUAAUUACAUUUGUUUCGUUUUAGCUUUCCACUAAAAGUAAGUUGCUAGAUCUCAUGACUGCAGGCUCCACUGAAUACCCCUUCAGGCUCAGAAACGAGAACAGAAAAGACACAGGCUAUCAAAUUUCUCAUGAAAUGUAACCAUCUCAGUAGGAUGGUAGAGCACAUGGUUUUGGCAAUAAUUUAUUGUAUUUUAUAUCAUGUUUUUAUACUGUUUUUUUUAUACUUUGAAUGGUUUUAAUUUUUGUGAACCGCCCAGGGAGCGUCGGCUAUCGGGCAGUAUAAAAAUCCAAUAAAUAAAUUAAUAAA